CCCUUCCUUUUCCCUGGGGAAUGAGACCCUGAGGGUGCCACUGGCACUGUUCGCCCUGAACAGGCAGCGCCUGUGUGAGCGGCUGAGGAAGAAUGCAGCGGUACAGGCCGGCUCCCUCGUGGUGUCAACACAGACAGUGGCAGUGUCUGCAGAGAGGCCUCCUUUGAGGGCAUCAGCAAGUUCAAUGUCAACAACACGAUUCUUCACCCAGAGAUCGUGGAAUGCCGGGUGUUCAAGACAGACAUGGAGCUGGAGGGUAAUGAAGGCUGUAAAAGUGGGAAUGAAAGAGUACCAGAUGGAAAGCCUGUUCCAACACUACUGUUACUCCCGGGGCGGCAUGCGCCAUACCUCCUACACCUGUAUCUGCUGCAGUGGUGAGAACGCGGCUGUGCUGCACUACGGCCAUGCCGGGGCCCCCAACGACCGGACGAUCCAGGAUGGAGAUAUGUGGGUGUGGAGCGCAUUGAUGAGCCUGGCCUGCGGAGCCUGCGCACAGCAAGGCACCUGGAGCCGGGCAUGGUGCUGACUGUGGAGCCGGGAAUCUACUUCAUCGACCACCUCUUGGACCAGGCCCUGGCAGACCCAGCCCAAGCCUGCUUCUUUAACCAUGAGGUCCUGCAGCGCUUCCGCAACUUUGGCGGGGUCCGGAUCGAGGAGGACGUCGUAGUGACUAACAGUGGCAUGGAGCUGCUGACCUGUGUGCCUCGGACCGUGGAGGAAAUUGAAGCCUGCAUGGCAGGCUGUGACAAGGCCUUCACGCCCUCCUCUGGCCCCAAGGAGAGCCAGCUGUGAUGUCAUCCUGCCCAUGGCGCCCCAACAGCAAGAGGCAGUGCUCAGCAAUCAGAUCCUGGAGCUCACAUUAGAUUUUACCAAAGCCAUCACUGCCUUUCCAAGGGAGGACAGCAUUUUACUAACCUGCGAGAUCACAUCCCUAACCUUGACUUUGCUUAAAUGACUGACUCUAGUGCUGAUUGAAAAAAAAAAAAAUCUGUUCUUAAAUCGCAACUUGAUUCUCUUGCUGCCACUUAUUUCCAUGUGCUCAGGAAAGAUGCACUGUGUCUGUCUUCUCCAAAUAAAAAUCAAUAAGCAGAAUGGAAUUUGCAAUAAAAGCUUUUCAAAAUUGG